AUGGCGAUGAUGGCGAGGACUGAGGCAGACGCCGCAAAGACUGGCGCAACGGCAAUGACCAGCAACUCUGGCGAACGAGCAGUCCGACGAGUCCAGUUCCCAGCGACCUCAUCGUGCGCCGUCUUCAUCCUCGUCGCUGUGCUGACGAUCGCCGACUCGGCCUUCGCAGGCACCUGGAAUUCAACCGCCUGCAAGUACACCACCACUGCUGGUUCGUCCUUCACCGUCUCCAAAUUCCGCCGCUCGCAGCCUUGGUCGAUUCCCGGGGUGAGCUCGACUGGUGGCCCUGACGGCUACAACUACCUCUAUAACUUCUGCCCUGGGCUCGGCAAAAACAUUGGCUCCUGUGUUGCCACCGAUCUUGUCUGCCAGCAGUCUACUACUGGUGGCUCCACCUAUGUUAUCGGCACCAACUUCAUGAGCACAACCGAUGGCCACAACACCAACACUGUCGAGUUCAAGUCCACUGACGCUUCUCCCCGAUGCACUCGUGUUAUUUUCAACUGUGACCCCAAUACCAAGGGCGAGCCUGUGACCGCUGCCACCGAGCAAAAGCCUGCUGAUCUUGGCUGUCUUGCAACCUACACGAUGGCGUUCACCCACGCUUGCUUCUGCCCCGGGUCGACCUGCGACUACAACCCAGAUCGCGCCGACUCGAUCGCCUCAGUCACUUCAGUAGCCGCGGUCGCAUCGAUGCAAUCUGCCUCGGCUGCCUCCUUUGCCUCAAUUGCCUCAACCAGAUCUGCAUCAGUCGCUUCAAUUGUCUCAAUCACUUCGGCGCUCUCGGCUUCUGUUGCAUCGACCGCAUCGGCAUCUGCUGCGUCCGUUGCAUCUUCCAUUGCACAACUCAGCGGCGGCACGCAAGAUUCGUCUCCAACAGCUGCCAUCGCUGCUGCUGUUGUGAGUGUUACUGUCAUUGCGCUACUUGCACUGAUAUUCAUCGUGAUGCGACGUCGUCGAUCGCAACGUUCGGUUAUGCGACCAAAGGACUCUGCCGGUCCCAUCCACCAGGAGGCUGUUGAAAUGUCAGUCUCCCCGCAUACCGAAUCCACUCCACCUCACAACGACGCCGGUUCAGCGUCUGCCAUGGCCGGCCAAAAGCAGCCAAAACCAAAGAACUCUGCCGGUCCCAUCUAUCAGGAGGCGGAUGAAGUGAUCGUCUCUUAUCGGAACCAUUCGACUGGAUCUCACAACGAGGAUGACGGCUCAGCUUCCGCUGGGGUCGGUCAAAAGCAGCCGCAGUCUUCGCACCAAGCGAUUUCCAUGCCCUCUUCAGUGGUGGUCUACGACGAUAUCGGCGUGUAUGUUGCCGGCAGCAAUUCUCGUCGCGUUCGUGAAGGCUUGGCCGUUUUGAAGCGCCUUGCCAGUGGUAACUUUGGCGACGUCUCACUGGGUCAGGUGCUGUUUACCGCUCUGCCCCCACGAGCCCAAACCUUGCUCGGACCUACAGCGUCUCCAACCGUGCUGGUUGCAGUCAAGUCUCUGAAGUCUGAUGCGGACGAGAAAUCCCGCAAGGACUUUGAAGGCGAGGCGAAGUUGAUGGCCCCGUUCGUGCAUCCGAAUGUCGUGCGCCUACUUGCGGCUCUUUUCGAAUCCGAGCCCCAUCUCGUUCUGCUUGAGUUUGUGCAAUAUGGCGAUUUGCGCACUCUCCUACAAAAGUCCCAGGCCCAAUCGCUUUGGUGGACGCACAGCGAGCAGGUGCAUGCCAUUCGCCAGAUUGCACUCGGCAUGGAGUAUCUGGGCACGCUGCACUUUGUGCACCGAGAUCUUGCCGCGCGCAACUGCCUUGUGGGGCAAGGAAUGGUGGUCAAGAUUGCCGACUUUGGACUUUCUCGCGAGCUGGCCGACGAGCACGAUUACUAUCGCAUGCAAACACGAGGCAAACUUCCUUUGAAGUGGAUGGCGCCGGAGACAAUGACUUUCCGAAAGUUCUCGUCCAUGUCUGAUGUGUGGUCGUUUGGUGUGACGGCAUGGGAAUGCUGCAGUUACGGCGCAGUGCCGUACGGCAAAAUGGAUGGCCCGUGA